CAGAGACCAGUCUCUCAAUGAACAAAAAGAUGACGACGAACCAUAUUCCACUGGCUUGAACAUACACCAUAAAAAAAUAAAAGAAGAAAACAAGCCAAUACCUACUAGUCAUAACAUGCCUAAUCCUGUUGAGACUGACUGUGAAAUGACCAAUGGUAUUAAAGAGGAAGUGCCAGAUACUGUAGAGUUACGCAACCACUUAGUUACUGAUAUGGACACAUGUUUCAAGGAUGAUGAAGAGGACACAAAGGAACUCUUUAUAGCUGAAGAUUUUGGAAGCUGGAAUUCCCAGCACCGAGAUGACUGUCUUCAAGAGUUUGACAAGUCAAAUGAACAUUUGAAUGUUCAAAGCACAGAACCCCCUUCUCAGGAUGGAUGUGAAUCACAACUACGUCGAGAAUUACUAAGACCAGUUCAUACAAAAUCAAGUCCAAUCCGUUUACCAUGGCAUAGAGUUCAACCCAAUGUUCCCCUAACUAUACCAUUGAAAUCUCAGCAACCUCCUAUUUUAAGACAUCAGCAACCUUCUACAAUAAGACUUUCCCAGCAUCUGUCCUCAUUAGGACCUCCCCAGCAACCGUCUUCCAUAAGACCUCUCCAGCAACCUCCUCCAUUAAGGCCUCCCCAGCAUCCUUCCCCUUUAAGGCUACUUCAACCUCUGAGGGAACCUCCACCUCUAAUGAAAAUCUCUUCAAAGAUGCCUGUGCAGGUAGGAUACAGUGUGUUUUGUCAAAAAUGGGUAGGUUGCUUAUAGUCGUUAUUUCAGUUG